AUUCUUUAGCCCACAUAAACCCUAACUACUCUCAACAAAACCCCACUCUCAGCUUUCUCUCUCACACGAAUUCAGAUUUGAGGAAAUUAUUUUGUUUUUUUAGAGAAGAAUGGUGUGGUGUAGUAAUUGUGCCAAAAACGUUCCUGGAGUGCGCCCUUAUGAUUCCCAAUUAUGUUGUGACUUGUGUGGGAAAGUUAUAGAGUAUCACAAUUAUUCUACUGAAGUUACAUUCGUUAAGAAUGCAGCUGGGCAGAGUCAAUUGUCAGGAAAUUUGAUAAGAACUAUUCAAAGUGAAUAUGGUGCCUCCCGGGAACGGUUAUUGGAGAGAGCUUUCGAUGAUAUGAGACAAAUGAAGAAUGCCUUAGGUAUUGGUGACAGUGAUGAGAUAGUCCACAUAGCUAAACGUCUUUAUGGAAUGGCUGUUUCACGGAAUUUUACUAGGGGGCGUAGAACAGAGCAAGUGCAAGCUUCUUGUCUAUACUUUGCAUGCAGGGAGAAAAUGAAGCCAUUUCUUCUGAUUGACUUUGCAAAUUACUUAAAUAUCAAUGUUUAUGAGCUGGGUGGUGUAUAUUUGCAGCUGUGUCAAGUGCUGUACCUUGCAGAUGAAUCCAAUAUUCAGAAACAAGUUGAUCCUUCCAUUUUUUUGCCUAAAUUUACUGACCGAUUACUACCUGGAGGAGAUAAGAAGGUUUGCAGUACAGCUCGAGAUAUUCUGGCUAGCAUGAAACGAGAUUGGAUUACGACAGGGAGAAAGCCUAGUGGAUUAUGUGGUGCUGCUCUGUACAUAUCUGCACUUACACAUGGUCUCAAGUUCCCCAAGUCAGACGUUGUAAAAACUGUGCAUAUAUGUGAAGCAACUCUAACGAAGCGGUUGAUUGAAUUUGAGAACACAGAUUCUGGGAGUUUAACGGUUGAGGACUUCGUGUCUAGGAAUAAGGAGCUGCAAGGAAGCUACACAAAUAAACACCUCAAUACUGUAUCAAAAGAAUCAGGCUUAAGUGAGGUUCUUUGUAAACAUAAGGAUACUGGUAAACCGUUUGCAUACGGGCUUUGUAGAAGUUGUUAUGAUGAAUUUAUGACAAUUUCAGAAGGACUUGAGGGAGGAUCAGAUCCUCCAGCUUUCCAGGCUGCUGAAAGAGAGAGAACUGCCAAAGCAUCUGCUGAGGAAAAUGCAAUUGUUGAGGGAGAACUGGAUAGCCCAGUUAUGAGCAAGGUUGAAAAAGUAAAGUCUGUAGAGCCAGAAAGUAAUGGGGUUUCAGGAGCUGGUACAAAGCAGGCAACGAGUAAUGGGGAUGAUUAUAAUAAGUCGCCUGGACAUGAUUCUGGUACUGAAGCUUCAGAUGAAUCAGAUAACUUUUCUGACAUUGAUGAUCUUGAGGUUGAUGCUUACCUUCACAAUGAGGAGGAGCAGCAUCUCAAAAAGAUAAUUUGGGAAGAAAUGAAUAGGGAGUAUCUUGAGGAACAAGCAGCAAAGGAAGCAGCUGCGGCAGCUGCUAGAGAAGCCUUUGAGGCUAGUUUCAAUGGCAAUCCCGAGGAAUUAAAAGCUGCGAGGGAGCUUGCAGCUGCUGCUCAAGCUAAUGUGGCAAAAUAUAAGAAGGAAAAACAACAGAAACGAGCUGCAGAAGCAAAAAAUACUGCUCCUGCUCAGACUGCUUUGGAAGCCACUCGCCAAAUGCUGAAUAAAAAGAGACUCAGCUCAAAAAUCAACUAUGAAGUGCUGGAGAAACUUUUUGAGGAUUCUGAGGAUACAAAUAAUACAAAGAAAUCACGAACUGAAUCACAUUCCGACAAUGAUGACAAGUUGGCCAAUAAUGGGAAAAAAGAGCACGAGUGGGAUGAUACCUUAAAAAAUGGCGACCUGGACGGAGAAGACAAUUACAAUGAUGAGCAGGAUGCAGAAGGAAUGUUUCAUAAUGAACUGGAUUAUGAAAAUCCAGACGAUACUUUUGAUCUUGAAGAUGACUACUAGUUCAGAAAAAAAAAAAAAAAAAAAAA